UCUCACCAGCUGAACACAAGCGCUUCCAAGUGGAUACACUUGCAAACUCAGGAUUAAACAGCCAUGAAGGUCCUUGCUGUGCUCGUCCUAGCCGUUUUCAGUGGCUGUCAUGCCAACCUUUUCUAUGCUGAUGCACCCAAGCCACAGCUGGAAGUGCUGACUGAUGCCUUCUGGGACUAUGUUGCCAAGGCCACCCAGACAGCGGAUGACACCCUCCAGAUGAUCAAGAAGUCUCAGUUGGGACAGGAUAUCAGUGCCAGUCUGACAGAGAGUGUUGAGGUGGCCAACAAGUACGCACUCAGCCUCCAGGAGCAGAUUUCCCCUGCAGCCCAGGACCUGAUCACCAAAGUCACCGCAGAGACUGAAGUGCUGAGAGAGCGCAUGAACCAGGAGCUGAGCACCGUCAAGGACAGGCUGCAGCCCUACACCGACGACAUGACAGCCCAGAUCCAGCAGAGAGUGGAGCAGCUCAAACAGGAGCUGGCCCCCUACACAGAAACCGUGGACUCUGAAGCCCUGAGGACCGCCUUGAUGCAGAGGAGUGAGGAGCUGAAGACCAGCCUGGAGCAGACUCUGAAGGACCUGCAGACUCAUCUGGGGCCCUACACCGAUGACAUGCAGGUGAAGGUGGACCAGCACCUGCAAGACUUCAAGGAGAAGGUUAUGCCCCUGACCGAGAAGGUCCAAGGCGAGCUGGCUCAGAGAGCCCAUCAGGUGAGAGAAAUGGCUGCCCCCUACGUUGAUGAGGUGAGGGGAAGGCUAGACCCCUACGCUCAGGACCUCCAGAGCCAGCUCACCUCCCUCUACGAGUCCUUCGCCAAAACCAACUAAGUCAACCUCCACCUAAACAGAGAAAACUGUUUCGUAUCCCUGGAACACGCCAAUGUUUUAACAAUGUGAAAACACAAGAUCACCAGUUCUGAAUGUUGAAAUGUCUUUAGAUAUAUUUUUAGUAUUAAAACGAAGUAUUAAAGAUAAAUACGGACUAAAUAAGUGUUGGUCUGUGACCACACACUGUGUUCUUUUUCUAUAUUAUGUAAAUAAAAGUAAAAGCAAAACAUGAA